CGUAUUUGUAAACCUUCUUCCAUUCCAAAGAGUAUCCAAGAUUGCAAUCUCUUAGUUUCCUGCUUCUUGGAAAAUUUUAUUGAGAUAUUCGUUUAUUCCUAUUGCAAGAAUUAUAAUCUCGAGUUCUGCAAGGUAUUUUCUGAAGGCUCUUCUCGUUAUAUCGAAUGCAUUCAACUAGGCUGCUUCAAGUGCGAUGUUAUGAGCUCUUCUCCCGAGAAGCUUUGCAAUAUUGCUACUUAA